AUGAAAGGAAUAUUUCAGUCAGUCAUCUAUAUCGUUGGUGCAGCGCUCAUUGUCACAUGUAUGCCAUCUCAAAACGACCAAGGUAAAUGUAGUAACUAAUCCCCAGUAAAUUCACCGUAAAAUCCCACCUCAAAGCCCUAGGCCCGGUUCCUCGAAAAAUGGUUAAGUUUAACCCAGGAAUAAGCCAAAUUUCAAGCAAGGUUUUCUAGUCUAAAAACAUAUAAACUCGAGCUAACAACGUUCGGCUCUAACUAAGAAUUAACUGUUAAUUUUAGUAUAAGGGAGGAGUAGGUGGGUAUUUUCCCAGAAACCUAAAUUGAUCUACAACAAAAUACUGUUGUGCCUUUACUUCGAACUGAAAGGAAAUGAUAACACAAAGUUUUGCUCCAGGCAAUGCAUAGCACGGUAAAUAGAAAAAGUGGAAAAAAAAUUAAUCCUGCCAUUUUUAGCGCUAAUUGCCUUUCAGGAACCUGGCCCUGGACUUAUAAAACUUCAUAAGGGGUUUUGGGUGGGCUCAUAAAUUGGGGGGAUUAUAGCCGUGGGGGGAGGGGGGGCAUAUAAGCGGAAUAAAAAAAACGACGAAAUAAAAUUAAACGUAUCUGAGAAACACAUUAAAGCAAACAUACCAUUACAUGUAGAGUUACAUUUUAUACAUUUAUUGUGCGUCACAAUUAAUGAAGAAAGUAUUUCAAAAACAUCUAUAAAACACUUAUGCGACUGGAACUACUGGAAAGGAACAGAACGACAGUAAAAAAAAACUACAAGCCUUAACGUUUUCAAUUUGCCGUGAAACGGCCCUGUAUUUCAUUGUUCAGUUGUGUUGGAAAUUAACAUUGGAACAGAACUCGUGGCGUUGUUAUAUGAGCAUGAACAUUUCUUUCUUUCUUUGGUAUCAGUGUGAUUAUUGUUCUCAAGUCCACAGCCUCUUUUUUUACCGGGAAUCGGGAAUCCACAGCGUAAAAUCCAGAUUUCAAGACUGUCUUUUACUGCGAUACUUGGGGCGAUGUAGCUAUCGACCUCGCCCGUGUAAGCAGUCUUUGAAACCGCUAAUCAGAAAACGUCGUCUUUAUAGUUAAACUAAGCUUUUGUAUUGUGACAAACUUAGAUUUUCCAGCACCAAUUCUCGUCACAGUAAGCUGGGACACCCGGUGCUGUACACAUAAUUCCGACAAAAAGUUGUGCUCCUUCCCUCCCAGUGUUGAUUUUUUUGCUUCUGUGAUGUCAACUCGCCAAAACCGACGUUGAGGGCGCAGAAAAUAUCCCCACUGUCCCAACUAAUGUCACGAGUAUUGAAGGUACAGUACGUUUUGUCCCUCGCGCAGCAGCUUCCAAUCACAUGCGCACAGCAAUCUACUGAAUACCGCCAGAAAUAUAAACCCUUUUUUUCUCUGCUCUCAUUCUUUACGCUGAUAACGCUUUCUUCUGCAGAUUCAGAUUCGUGAAUUGCAGCGCGCAGCCCUUAAUACGACGUUUCUAUUGGUCAGCUCACUAUGAUGGUGAUUGCUUUUGAAGGCAGCCCAAGAAAAACGCCGACAUUCUGCGACACCACUGUUGGUUUUCCCGCGAAAUCACGUCUGGGGAACGAGCGCAAAAACUCCAUACUGAUGACGAGUCACUUCCCAAAUCUGGGUAGUGUUUCUGAUUGGUUGUAGCAAAUUUCCCACGUGGCACGACCAAUUAAAAACACUGCUAACAUCUGGGUAGUGACACGUGAUCAUUAUGGAAUUAACGAGGCUCGUCCCUCAGAAGUCAUUUAUCGCGGAAACUGGUGGUGACGUCGGUUAAAUGUCGACUGUCGACUAUUUUGGACGUUGAUACGGUUGGGUCUAAAAAAGCUUACAAAAACAUUCAACAAAGAGGCCGGGGUGACGGGCCUUUUAGCCAUUGAAAUUUUUUAAGAAUGAGACAGAGAUCUUUAUUUCGUGUAUUGAUUUGAGAAACUUGUUUCAUUUCUUAGUAAAUAUCUGCGAUAUCAAACCCGAAUAUCGGUAUGAAUGUGGAUGGUUUGGAAUAGAUCAAGGAACAUGUGAGAAGAAAGGCUGUUGUUGGGACAGUACUCAUCCAGAUGCCCUCUUUUGCUACAACUCAAAACUCGGCCCACGUAAGUUUGUGAGCAUUUGAUUUAAAGCAUUACAACUCUUUCUAGUAUCACCCAACUACUAUCCUGCAUUUUAAUUAACUGAGCAACUAGGAGGCUAUAAGUAAUAGUCCGGGAGUGGCGAAAUUCGGCGGGUUUGAAAACUGAUCAAAACAAUGGCGGCCGCUUCGCGUUUUUUCGAGCUUUCAAAUUAGUUUCUAGAUAAAUUGCUAGACAAUUAAAUUCCAGAAAAGACUAAAACAGCAACGGAGUAUGGAAUGAAGAUAUUUAGUUGUAAGUUAACCUUUUUUACCACACGAAAUUACAAGCAUUUAACAUGGUUUCGAUUUAACGGUUACCAUCAAUUCAAAACAAAAAACCUUUUUUCGAUCGGCGUUUUCAGUAUAUUGUCACAUUUUUUAUUACAGAAUUAUUUCCAGAUAAGACAAAAUUCAAAACAGUUAUACAAGAGAUGUAGGAGGAAGAGUUAAAUGAAUAUCUCACAAUGUUUUACGCCUAAUUUAAUUUUUCAUUUUAACUUCUAAAUAUCGUUUAUUGUGUAGCAUAUCGCGAUAUAUAGUGACCGAUCACCCCAAAAGGGGACUGGAAACUAGACCUUAAAAGGCUUUUUUUUUAAAAAAAAACUAGCCAUACGACCUCUUCUCAAGAGGAUCUCAGGAUUUACUUAGUACGUAGAAAUUAUUGUUUUUAGAAAGAGAAAACUCCUGUAGAAAAUUGCAAAAGGCAAAAACACAAAUAAAAUGGCCCAAGGUACGGAUAUUAGCAUGAAAGAAAAUAUUAUUAUUUUUACGUUUAAAGUUAACUGGAGGCUUGUUUAACUGUAUUAACCCUCGGACGUAGGAGGAGGUUUUUCUGCGUUUUUUCCUAGAAGAUAAAACAUCAUCACCUGACGUUUUCAGUAGCUGUUCGUUCAUCCCUCGCACAAAUUUUGAGACAAGUUCAGUAAUGGUCAGUUUCUAUGGUUACGAGAUAUGACGUCAUAAGUAGCAGGUGGUCAAGCCAUUUUUGGGUGAAAAUACAUGUUUUUUUAACUUCUUUUAACAAUAAAAGUAAAUCUUGUGGCUAAAAUCAUGCAAAGUUCUUAUUUAUGUGUUAUUUUUCAUGUAAAGUACAAAAAAUUAAUAUUUCUCGCGGUUUUAACCUGAUUUCUAAUUCUUGGUAAAAUCCAAGAUGGCGACUAUUGUUGUUGACGUCACAUUCCUCUACCAGCACAACUACCCUUAAAAUAUAUCUCAUCUUGUUCAGAAAAUCAAAGGCUUUUCGCUAAAGGUAAAAUCGUUUCGAAAUACCCCAAACUCCGGGGAAGGGGUUCUUUCCCCCCCCCCCCCCCUUUGUACCAAGGUGGGGGUAUGAAUUUGCGUCACGUCCGAGGGUAAAGGUAGUUAACAAUUUUCUAGUUCUAAAUCACUUUUGUUUCAGUCCUUGCAGUUCAUGAAAGUAUUGUGGGUCAUGGCACUAUUGUAAAGCUUUUUGUUGAUGCUUUUAAGAACAGUUUUGGUUGGAUUUCCACCGACUUCACAUCUGGAUGAGCGAAUGAAAGAAUUUUCACAAGCUUCGCUUUUGUAUCACGUGUUUCAGAAACGUGUCAGAUAUGUGAAUUUUUAUUAUGUAAAUUUUGCGCAAUCGAGCUUGGUCCAUUACUUUUCCAAAUAUUUUUUAACAAGUAUUUCUUAUCUUUAUAAUUGCUUUUUGUGCGACUUGUUGGGUGAAACUAAAACAAUUAGACCCUUUGCCCUCAAGGGCUACAGGUCAACAUCCUAUAAGGCGAAUUGACCCGUACCCCUUUGGGGCUAGGGGUCUAUCUCGAACGGGGCACUUUAAAGAAGAUUCUCCACUCACAAUGUUUUUAAAAAAACAAAAGAUUUUAUUUUUGCAAACGGACCGAUGAAAAUCAAGGUCGGCUCCUGUCAAGGUUCAACUAUGCAACCGUUAAAAACUUUAAAACUGCUUGAACUUACCUGACCUCUCAGGAAACAGCCAUCAGAUUCAUGAAUGUUAUUAGCCCGUUGCGAAAAAAAACUUAAGAAUAUUUUGUUUUCGAAAAAACGUCGUGAUUGGAUAAUCUUCUUCCAGGUGCCCCAGUCUGAGUAGUUGCACUUGCAAAUAUAGUUUCUUUAUCCUUGAAUAGUACUGAAUAUCAAAAAAGCAAAUUGCUCCAUGGAAAAGUACUGAAAGGGCGGUUUCUUAACUGAAGGAAAGUUUAUACCCACGUUAAGCUCCGUUCAUUUAGCCAAGAUACUUGAAAUAAUAAAUGUAUUGUGUUUCCACCUUGGUUAUGCGUGAAAGUGGUGCAACAUGAUAUGCUCAUUUGACCCCCCCUCCCCCCCCCUAAAAAAAACAAUUCCCAAGUCCCCGUAAUAGUGACCAACAUCAAUUUUCUCCUAACAAUCUUGAUCUAUACUCAGGAGAAAAGGUUAUGAGAGUAAAUAACCUGAUUGGUGGAACGUAAGGUACAGCGUUUACAUUCUUUGCAUUUUUUAAUUAUCUUGUGUUUUGUAACUUACAGCCCCUACGUGUGACGUGCAAUCUAAAAACCGUUAUGAAUGUGGAUGGCUGGGAAUCGACAAACAAACCUGCUUGAAGAGAGGCUGUUGCUGGGAUGAAAGCGAUCCAAACGCAAAGUACUGCUACGUUAAAGGAAACUCGCGUAAGCUUUGAUUAGGUCACAGUACAGCUAAGAGAGGCCCUGUAAAAAAGUUUGGUGACAGCGUUUAUGCGACUCAAAAUCCUGCAUUCUCGCAAGUUUUCGAAACACGUCACAAACUUACGCUUAAGGUUAUGAGCUCCGACGCUUAACAUUUCCUUGAUAUAGGAAAAUUGAUUGGACGACUUCGUAACCAGGAGCAAAUAUUUUCCAGUUAAAAGUUCUUUUUUUCAUUUUGAAACAAUUGAAGAUAAAUUUGCAUUAAUGGCAGCCCAAAGAUGUUCCACUUUCGUUACAGUACCAUACAAUAGAUAUAGAAUACAAUGUAAUGCAACGUGAUACAAUAAGCUAAAUACAAAUAAUAUAUACAUUUAUACAACUGUCUUUCAAAAGUAAAUUUUUCUGAGCCUGCGAUCACUUGAAUACCUUCACUUGUCUGCGGAAAACUAUAAAAAACAUGUCUCCUCACAGUUGUACACCUGAGCUCGCCAUACAGUCAUGUGACACUGGUCAGCGGGUAUUCUAUGAAAGUUGACAGCUGUUAAUUGAUCAUAACAUGGAUGUAGAGUCAGACCCUUAACAUCCGCUUACAUGAGCGGGCGGACGUACGCAAGUACGUACGAACGAUUUUCUCAGAACCAAAAUUUCUUGGAUGCAUGGAUAACUGAAUUUUCUUACCCAUGGUGCUCCGUUGCGCAAGAGCUCCACCAUAAAUACGUACUACUAUUUUGUUAAGAAUCAUCACUGGUUAAUAAAGGGUAUACGGAUGUUAAAAUCUAUACAGAUCUUCCUGAUGGACUUUGUCCCGUGGCUCCAUCUGAACGUGUGGAAUGUGGAUAUUAUGGGAUAACAAAGGAGGAAUGUCUUAACAGAGCAUGCUGCUGGGAUGAAACAGUUACAACGCCCGGUGCUAGGUGGUGCUUCAAACAGCCGAGUAAGUUGAGUUCGUAAAGUAAAAGUCCUAGCGUACACGUUUAAUCAGGUGUACAAAGUCAUACAUUCGGAGCUUAAAGGAGCUGUGUCACGAAAUUCAGCCAAAUUAGGACAUUACAAAAUGUCCGUUAAAUUAAGAGAAACAUGAAAAUAACCGCUUAACAUAACAGAAACAACAGAUGCCACGGAUGGGCAAAACUGUAGAAGACUGAAAAGGAUUGAAAUUAGGGUUUUUGAAAACUGUUCAGCCUAACAGUUUAUCAAAGUUGAUCCCUGGUGCUUGCAACUUAAAAAAUAAUGCUCAGGAGGCAUAUUUGUUUUCUCGGAUCUCUGAUUUUGUCAUUUACCUGUAAUUUCAUUGCUUACUUUAAGUUCCAUAGCGACUGAGGGCGAGUAAUUGGCAAAAUUAAACAAAAUGAACUGGACUGCCGUGACAGCCCCUUUAACUCGGUGGUAAAACGGCCAACAAAAACGUGCAACUUGUUUUGCAACAUUGCUGCAGACAAGUUGAAAAGCGAUGUUGCUUGUUUUACCACCCACCUUCAAACCUGCCUUGCAACAAAUCAGGUUCUUGAUGGUUGCAAACAUUUGUUGCAGAAACUAAAGAGUGGUUCUACUUUUUGUAACAACAUCUGUACAUGUUGCGCGAUUUAGCGGCCUAGCCUCGUCCUCACGGUUCACUAUUUUUUUUUUUUUUAACAGGAGUUUAGGCUUAGCAACUAACCAAAUUACGACAUACAAUGAACACCUUACGAGUUUCAGUCUGCCAAUCAAAAAUAUCAUCUUUUCCAAAUGAGGACAUAACCCACACAACCUAAAAAUAGAACAUGAUCUGAUCUUUUUCUUACUUGUGACAUCUCGCUCUUAAAUUAUUUCUGCGCAAAAAGCAAUAACGACCCCAAUAACAUAUUUAUUUUUUGGACAUAAAAACAGAAGUAAUGGAGAGGAGAAGGGUGACCUCAGGUUACCAUUGUACCAAAAUUUCUGGAUCACAACAAUCUUUCUUGACAGAGACGGUCAUUUGCAUUGUCGAACGAUGGAAGAAAAGUAUGGGCUACUGUUUUGUUCCUGAGUGUGAUCAUGUACAGGAAAGUCAGACAUGUCAACCUUUUCGCUAUUUUCUGUCAUACACCUAUUUGCAAUAAGGUUGUCAUAGAAAAAAGCAAAAGGCAAAAAGCCAAAUAGGCAUUAAUUAGCAUUUAAUUAUCAUCGCUUGCAACAUUUCCAACACACACGCUUAUAGCUGAAUAUUAAUCACGUAACAUGAGCUAGAGAAAUCAUUUGCAUCAGUUUCUUGGUGUCAUUCUAAUGUAAUUCGAGGCUGAUUCAUCUAGCGGAUUUCAAACGUGCUCUAAUUACAAACGUACAUCGGAUAACUACCCCCGCGUCUUUUCGUUUAAUGCUAAAUAGAAAAGCCAGUCUGCGUAUGGUUUGUAGUGCACCACACCAUCAGAUCACAAUUUUCAAGCAACAAAUCAGGGGCGUACGCAGGACUUUCCAUCGCGGAGAGGGUGAGGCAUUCCUCAGCCAGUCCCUCUCCCGCGCCACAAAAAGCUUCGUUUGUUAGGACCCUUUUGUUACACACAUUAGUGUUUCUUCUGCGGAAUCUUACAGCGCGGAAUUACAGAAUUAUUUCUUGUUAUUGUGACUGACUUCUUAAAUAAUUGUUAUAUUAUUAAAAUACGCAAAUGUAAAUCACAUGGCUAAUUAAUUCCUAUUUGGCUUUUUGGUUUUUGCUUUUUGCUUUUUUCUAUGACAACGUUAUUGCAAUUAGGUGUAUCUGCAUGACCACGGAUUGUUGAGACCCAGAAACCGUGGCAACCAAGGCAACAUGAUCUAACGACUUCUCCUCUCUAUAUUAUUUAUACAGUCUAGAAGCAGACUCGUACCCAGUCGCUAUUUAAGUGUUUUGGGGGGUGAGAGAAGAUUGGGGAUUAAGUUGAGGCGCGCGCAGAGUCUCAUGGGCUAUUUUUCCUUCUUUCCUUCCCAUGAGACCCUGCGCGCACCUCUACCUAAUCCCCAAUCUUCUCUCACCCCAAAAAACACUUAAAUAGCGACAGGGUACGAGUCUGGUCUAACUGGUACCGUUAGGUUAAUAGUAUGAUCAUCGUGUGGUGCUAUUCAUUUCUAGUUGAUAAUCCACCUCUUGGUUGCUACGUAUACCACGGUAUCGGAGGUACCUGCAAGUACGUAUGUGAUCAAAAUGAAAGGAAAAUCUAUGGAAUGUCUCAGUGUAAAGGCCGUAUCUGUUGUGUUUAA